UCUUCAAACUUACAACAUCACAUCAAGAUGGGUCGCGGUCCAAAGAAGCAUCAGAAACGCCUCAGUGCGCCUUCACACUGGCUGUUGGACAAGCUCUCGGGCGCCUAUGCCCCGAAGGCGUCCCCUGGGCCUCAUAAAACGCGCGACUGCCUUCCCUUGAUCGUCUUCCUUCGAAACCGCCUGAAGUAUGCCCUGAACGGCCGUGAGACCAAUGCUAUCUUGAUGCAACGUCUGAUCAAGGUCGAUGGCAAAGUCCGUACCGACGUUACCUAUCCUGCCGGUUUCAUGGAUGUCAUCUCCAUUGACAAGACUGGCGAACACUUCCGUCUGAUCUACGAUACCAAAGGUCGAUUCGCCGUCCACCGAGUCGAACAAGCUGAGGCAGAAUACAAACUUGGCAAGGUCAAGCGUGUUCAACUUGGUAGAGGAGGAAUCCCAUACUUGGUUACGCAUGAUGCUCGCACUAUCCGAUUCCCAGACCCGGCCAUCAAGGUCAACGAUACCGUCAAGAUCGAUCUUGCGACUGGAAAGAUCACGGACUUCAUUCGAUUCGAUACUGGUGUGAUCGCCAUGGUUACUGGUGGUCGUAACAUGGGUCGUGUUGGUGUCAUCACUCACCGUGAGAGACAUGAUGGUGGUUUCAACAUCGUUCACAUCAAGGACGCCAUUGACAACUCCUUCGCUACACGGGAAAGCAACGUCUUCAUCAUUGGUAAGGAAAAGCCAUGGGUCAGUCUGCCCAAGGGCAAGGGUGUCAAGUUGUCCAUCGCUGAGGAGAGAGAUCGUCGUCGUGCUGUUGCUAUGGCUCAUUAGAUUCUGUCCAUCCGCUCUGCGGUAUGAUUCACAGCUACGCGAGAGUUCCAAUGCCCUUGGAGAUAUGCAAGGACUGGAGAGCUUGAAGAUGGAAUGGAGUCUGGGGAUGUGAUAUGUGCACGCUGCACAAUGAUGGCCCGUAGCCGCUACGAGCACAAGAGUCUGUACAAGCCAGCUUUUCCGCCCGCGGAGGCUCAAGUAGGAAGGCCAAAUACCCAAAAAUUAUGCGGAACUUGCUUCGGUGCAAGGG